AUGUACCGUUUUACAAAAACUAUUUCGCGAACAACAUCGCCGCUCAUUCAACAUGUCGUCAGACGUUCAUUGGCAAAAGACAUCAAAUUCGGCACGGAUGCUCGAGUAUUGAUGCUUCAAGGUGUUGACAUUCUCGCCGAUGCUGUGGCCGUUACUAUGGGUCCUAAGGGUCGAAAUGUCAUUCUGGAGCAAAGUUGGGGUGCUCCCAAGAUCACCAAGGAUGGUGUCACUGUUGCGAAAGGAAUCGAAUUGAAGGAUAAAUUUCAAAAUAUUGGUGCUAAACUUGUUCAAGAUGUAGCUAACAAUACCAACGAAGAAGCUGGUGAUGGUACAACAUCUGCAACUAUUCUUGCUCGUGCUAUUGCGAAGGAAGGUUUCGACAAAAUCUCUCGUGGUGCUAAUCCAAUCGAAGUUCGUCGUGGCAUUAUGCUUGCUGUAUCAACUGUCGUCGCCGAAUUAAAACGUAUGUCAAAGACAGUCACUACACCAGAAGAAAUUGCUCAAGUUGCAACGAUCUCCGCUAAUGGCGAUGUAUCCAUUGGAGAUAUUAUUUCCAAUGCAAUGAAGAAAGUCGGUAAAGAUGGUGUGAUCACAGUUAAGGAUGGUAAAACUUUGAUGGACGAAUUAGAAGUUAUCGAAGGCAUGAAAUUCGAUCGUGGUUAUAUUUCGCCUUAUUUCAUCAACACAACCAAAGGUGCGAAAUGUGAAUAUCAAGAUGCUUUUCUUCUCUUGAGUGAAAAGAAGAUCUCAUCUGUCCAAGAACUCAUUCCAGCAUUAGAAUUAGCAAAUAGUCAACGAAAACCACUAUUGAUCAUUGCUGAAGAUAUCGAUGGUGAAGCAUUGACUACGCUUGUUAUCAACAGAUUGAAAGUUGGUCUUCAAGUAUGCGCAAUUAAAGCACCAGGCUUCGGUGAUAAUCGUAAGAAUACUUUACGCGAUAUUGCCAUUGCUUGUGGUGGAACUGUGUUCGGCGAUGAAGCUAAUCUACAUAAACUUGACGAAAUAACAGCUCAAGAUUUUGGUCGUAUCGGCGAAGUUAUUAUAACUAAAGACGAUACGUUGUUGAUGCGCGGUAAAGGCGAUCCAUCUGCUGUUGAGCAACGCGUGAACUCAUUGAAAGAAGAAAUUGCUGAUACAAAUUCGGAAUAUGAAAAAGAAAAAUUACAAGAACGUUUAGCUAAAUUAUCCAAUGGUAUUGCAGUUUUGAAAGUUGGCGGUGGUAGUGAAGUCGAAGUGAAUGAAAAGAAAGAUCGUAUAACUGACGCUUUAAACGCUACACGUGCUGCCGUUGAAGAAGGUAUUGUACCUGGCGGCGGUGUCGCACUUUUGCGCUGCCUCAAAGUAUUGGAAAAAGAUGCCGGAGCACUCAACGAAGAUCAAAAAAUUGGUAUUGACAUCGUUCGUAAAGCACUUCGUAUGCCAUGUGCAACUAUUGCUAAAAAUGCUGGUAAAGACGGCAGUGUUAUUGUCGAAAAAGUACUUAUGUCACCCUUCGAAAUCGGUUAUGACGCACAACGAGACGAAUUUGUCGAUAUGGUAAAAACUGGUAUUAUUGAUCCAACUAAAGUCGUUCGAUCAGCUUUACAAGAUGCUAGUGGUGUUGCAUCAUUAUUAACGACAGCAGAAGCUGUUGUUGUCGAAGCACCUAAACCCGAAAAAGAUGCUGCUGCUGCUGCUGGAGCUGGCAUGGGCGGCAUGGGCGGUGGAAUGGGAGGAAUGGGCUUUUAA